ACAUAGUCGCACUGGAAAUAUAGUCGCUUUGGAAAUGAAUAAAAUUCUGUGGAUAGGAGGUCUCAACAAGUCACUUGCCUGCGGGGGCAAGAAGGAGGCGUCCCUCCUGAAACCAGGGGAGAGGAUCUGGACCUGUGCGGUCAGGCCAAAGGGGCAGCAACCCAAGAACAGCUCACCACCUCCGAAGAUCCGGAGGAGCAGGAAGUUCUACGGGUACAGUCUCGUGCUGGGCAGCCUCUUUAGCUCCGUUCUGUGGGCCGUCUACGAGUUGGGCAAACCUGAGGAGGACCACCGAGGAGCCAUCGAGGACGAGUUCAGCCACCUUCCCUGGUUCCAGCAGUACCUAACCAGGAUGUGGCACUCGCUGCAGUACUACCAGAAGAUGAUGGAGGAGCCGCAGAUGGUGAAGCUCCUGCCAGACGUCCUGCCCCCUCCCUACAUCCAACCGCCGUACUCGCUCGUCCUGGAGAUCAAGGAUGUGCUGGUGCACCCGGACUGGACCUACCAGACGGGCUGGCGGUUCAAGAAGCGCCCCGGCGUGGACUACUUCCUGCAGCAGUGCAGCCGGAACUUCGAGAUCGUGGUCUACACCGCGGAGCAGGGCAUGACCGCCUUCCCGCUGCUGGACGCUUUGGAUCCCUACGGGUACAUCAGCUACCGAUUGGUGAGGAGCGCCACGGAUCUGGUGGAGGGUCAGCACACCAAGAACCUGGACUACCUCAACCGGGACCUCAGUCGCGUGAUAGUGGUGGACUGCGACCCGGACACCACGCCCCUGCAUCCGGACAACAGUUUGGUGAUGACCAAGUGGCUGGGGAACGACGACGACGUCCAGCUCUUCGACCUCACCGCCUUCCUGCAGCUGGUGGCCGAGCACCAGGUGACCGACGUGCGGGAGGUCCUGCGCUACUACCGCCAGUUCGACGAUCCCAUCGAGCAGUUCAAGGACAACCAGCGAAGGAUGCAGGAGCAGAACCAGGAGAACACCCAGACCUCCGCCUCCGGCGAACGUCAGUGGAGCCUCUCCUUGAUGGGUCGCUCCUUUCGGAGCUCUUAGAUAUUUAGCUUGAUCGGGAAGAGUUAAAACAUCGAAUAUGUUAUAAUAGGUAGCUACCAAAUAAAUAUGUAGUAAAAUAGCAAAAUUUAAAGUUAUCACACA